AUGUCCGACGACGAGGAUUUUAUGCAAGAGUCGGACGAGGAGCAGUACGACUUUGAGUACGAGGAAGACGACGACGACGAUUCCGGCGAUGUCGAUAUCGAGAACAAGUACUACAACGCUAAGCAGCUCAAGCUGUCAGACCCUGAGGACGCCGUCACCGAGUUUCUGGGGAUCCCGCCAUUAGAAGAGGAAAAGGGAGAAUGGGGCUUCAAAGGUUUGAAGCAGGCCAUAAAGCUGGAGUUUAAGCUAGGGCAAUACGACAAGGCUGCCGAGCACUAUGCCGAGCUCCUCACAUACGUCAAGUCGGCCGUCACCCGAAACUACUCGGAAAAGUCCAUCAACAACAUGCUCGACUACAUCGAAAAGGGCUCCGAUGGCCCCGAGGCUGUCCGAAGCAUGGAGCAGUUUUAUUCGCUCACCCUCCAGAGCUUCCAGAGCACCAACAAUGAGCGGCUAUGGCUCAAGACCAACAUCAAGCUAGCGAAGCUGCUUCUCGACCGAAAGGAAUACUCCGCCGUGGCUAAGAAACUCCGAGAACUCCACAAGACCUGUCAACGAGAAGAUGGAACCGACGACCCCAGCAAAGGCACAUACUCGCUCGAGAUUUAUGCACUGGAGAUUCAGAUGUUUGCCGAGACCAAGAACAACAAGCAGCUCAAGGCGCUGUAUCAGCGGGCUCUCAAGGUCAAGUCGGCGGUUCCCCAUCCUCGAAUCAUGGGUAUCAUUCGAGAGUGCGGUGGAAAGAUGCACAUGAGCGAGGAGAACUGGAAGGAAGCUCAGAGUGACUUUUUCGAAUCGUUCCGAAACUACGACGAGGCGGGCUCACUCCAGAGAAUCCAGGUUCUCAAGUACUUGCUCUUGACAACCAUGCUUAUGAAGUCUAACAUCAAUCCGUUCGACUCGCAAGAGACCAAGCCAUACAAGACCGACCCUCGAAUUUCUGCCAUGACGGAGCUGGUUGACGCUUACCAACGGGACGAUGUUCACACAUACGAAAAGGUCUUGCAGCGUAACCAGGACAUCCUAGACGACCCAUUCAUCGCUGAGAACAUUGACGAGGUCACACGCAACAUGCGGACAAAGGGUGUGGUCAAGCUGAUUGCCCCCUACACACGUAUGAAGCUCGCGUGGAUCGCAAAGCAGCUCAAGAUCUCGGAGCCCGAGGUUCAGGACAUUCUGGGAUUCCUCAUCAUCGAUGGCAAGAUCAAUGGAAGGGUGAACCAGGAAAAGGGGCUCCUCGAAAUCACCUCUGAUGCCGACUCGGAGCGCAUCAAGGCUCUGCAAGGGCUUACAUCGUCGAUUGGUGACCUCUUUGGGGCCAUUUUCCGGGACGGCGAUGGGUUCCGUAACAUCGAGCAACCAGCAGGUGAGGAUCAGGGGGUGGAUAUCUCAGGUAUCCAGAUAGGAAAGGGGGCCGGCAGAGGUGGUGGCCAACACCGGAAGAAGGGUAAGGGACCUAGUGUUCCGGCAUGGGCCUGA